AUGCAUGUAGACGGAUCGUCCAACCAGCAGGGAAGCGGUGCCGGAAUAAUCUUGGAAAGCCCGUCCGGUAUUUCCCUCGAACAAUCACUGCCGUUCGGUUUCAAAACCUCUAACAACCAAGCAGAAUAUGAAGCUUUGCUCGCCGACAUGCGGAUGGCUGCCGAGAUGGGUGCCACCAAAAUCGUGUGUUGGACCGACUCGAAAGUGGUGGCCGAACAGGUCAAUGACAACUUUCAAGUCAAGGACGCGAACUUAUUGAAGUAUUACCAUCUGUACAAAGGAAUGAAAGAUCAAUUCCAUGAUGUACAAGUUCGACACACACCACGGUGUAAUAAUGAAAGAGCUGACCAGUUAGCCCGAUUGGCCAGCAGCCGAAAACCAGGACAACUCCGGUCAACUUUCCAUUUGGAGCUACCCACAUCCAGCAUCCCACAGGAAUGCAUGCCGGUUGAAGAACCAAACACAUGGAUGACCGACAUCAUGAAUUUCAUUGUUAACGGCUCCGAGUCGUCCGAUCCAGUAGAAGCAAAGAAGAUUCGAACCCAAGCAGCGCGGUAUUCCGUGGUCGCAGGAGAGUUAUAUUGGCGAGGGUUCUCCACACCCUUGUUGAAAUGCAUUGACAAGCCGCAAGCAGACUACGUCAUGAGAGAAAUCCAUGAAGGAAUAUGCGGAUCACACACAGGUGCAAGAACGCUAGCUGCUAAAGUGCUAAGGGCCGGCUAUUAUUGGCCGACCCUAAAAACCGACUGUACUGAGUACGUGAGGAAGUGCAAGCAAUGCCAACAGCACGACAACCUAAUACAUGCCUCGGCCGAACAGCUCCACUCGGUCAGUGCCCCUUGGCCGUUUGCCCUAUGGGGCAUUGACAUCCUCGGCCCGUUCCCACUCGCCAAAGGUCAAUGCAAGUUCCUAGUGGUGGCCGUUGAUUAUUUUACCAAGUGGAUUGAAGUCGUGCCGCUAGCCACCAUUACGGCAGCUAAUGUGCAAAAAUUUGUAUGGAAAAACAUCAUCACCCGGUUCGGCAUCCCAUACGCAAUCAUUUCCGAUAAUGGGCUUCAGUUCACAGAUAAAAAAUUCAACACCUUCUUGGAGAACCUCGGCAUCUGA